AACUAGAUGGUCUUUAAGUUCUCUUCCAACCAAUAUGUUACAUAAACUUAUAAAAAAAUAAAAUCUGAAGCUUGUAAUUGAUUAAUAGGGAUUGGAAAAAAAGAUACAUUUAAGUUUAUAAUUUUCUUUAUGCUGUUUUUUUUUUCUUGGUUUGAACUGUGAAAGUAAGAGCCAUCAGUUUUAUUUUGUGGAAAACACCAUGGAUGUAAUAUGAAAUACGUAGGUCUGCAUGUCUCAACCCACGCAAACACAUGUGCAUCUCAACAGGGAUUACAGGGCGUACAGUGCUUCCCAGAAACACUGCCUGGUCUGUAAGAGUAGCUCAAAUAUGACUGAUCACUGAUGCAUAUUAUGGCUGCUGUUCAUUUACCUUUCCACAGACUGUACAGCGUCCUGCUGCUUUCAACCAGACAUUGUUCCUGGUGAGCAUUAUUGAAAGCAUUUCAGGGUCAAUAUAUGCCACCUCAAAGUCCCAAAAAGCCAGGAUCACGAAACUGACAGUUUAGGACAGUGUCUCCCUCUCUAUACAUAAACUGUUGAUAUUUCAGGGUACAGAAUUCCUAAACAAAUCCUUUUAAAAAAAAAAAAACAAACAUCAAAAUCACCCAACUAGAAGAAAAAUAAUCAAACAAACAUACAUCUAAAAAAAAAAACCAAGAAAAUUUUAAAAAUUAAAAAGUGAUUUUAAUUAAUAAAUUCGGUUGCAUCCCGCUCAGUAAACUGAAACACAACCCAGCCCUAGCUUAAGCAGAGCCCAGCCCCGCCGCCCCCCCCCCGCCGCCUGCCCUGCCCGCGCCUUGCCCGGGGCCGCAGCGGGGCCGCGCCGCCUCCAUCGCCGCCGCCUAUUUCGGGGCAGAGGCGGCGGGGCCGCUCGGGCGGGUGGCGGCUCCGGUGAGUGGGGACUCCGGGCGGGGGCAGCGGGCUCGCCCUCUCCGCCGGCGAUCCGGGGGUGGUGGCGGCCGGCCCGGAGGGUUCCCGCGGCUCGGGAGCGCGCACAGGCCCGGGAUGCGCGGCGGGCGCGGUCUCGGCGAUGCGCGGUCCCUCGGGAAGCUGCGGCUGCGUGUGCGGCCGCCCGGGAGAGCCGGGCCGGGGUCGGGCGGGCUCUGCCCCCGCGGCCUCCGCCGAGGGCAGGCCGGGGCUUCCUGCUCCAAACGGGCGGGUGCUGGCGGAACGGGAAUCCGGAGCCUCCCUCCCUAAGGAAGGCUGGAGCUGGCGGUGUGGCCCGGGAGCGGUCCGUGCGCUCCCGCCGGCAGCACGUGUGACACAGCCCGCGGUUUGAGGUUGGAUUUGCUUUGGAAGUUUCAGAGCAGUUGCUGCCUCCUUCUACCUACAUGCAACUUUUAAUAUAGUAGUACUAUUACAAGCAGGAAAAUAAA